CAGGCUUGUUGAAGGCUCAUUUGGCACCAUGGCAGAGCUCAGUUUCAACGAGGAUCACGGCUAUCUAGAGGGUCUGGUUCGCGGAAUGAAGGCUGGGAUUCUGACUGACACCGACUAUCACAAUCUGGCCCAGUGUGACACACUUGAUGACAUGAAGCUGCAUCUGCAGAGCACAGAUUAUGGAAGGAUGCUGUCUACUUCUGAGGAGGACCUAACUGUGUCUCUGGUGGACAGCAAACUGAGAGAAAACCUGGUGACUGAAUUCAGCUGCCUUCGUUCCAACGCCCUGCCUCCAUUAUCCACCUUCCUUGACUAUAUAACCUACAGCUACAUGAUCGACAAUGUGGUGAUGCUGAUCACAGGUGCCCUGAAACAGAGGGAUGUGGCCGAGGUUCUCCCACGUUGUCACCCACUAGGAGCUUUUGAUCAGAUGGCCGCAGUGGGCAUUGCUCGCACCCCGACUGAGCUCUACUCUGCCAUCCUGGUGGACACCCCACUGGCUCAGUUUUUCCAGGAAGCUGUAUCCGAGGACAACCUGGAUGAAAUGGAAGCUGAAAUUCUCAGAAACAAACUGUUUAAGGCAUAUUUAGAGUCUUUCCACUCCUUCUGCAAGAGCCUUGGUGGAGCCACAAGAGAUACAAUGUGUCCUGUCCUGGAGUUUGAGGCAGACAGGCGUGCCUUCAUCAUCACAGUGAACUCCUUCGGGACGGAUCUCAGCGGGGUGGACAGGAGUGUGUUGUAUCCGUCUUGUGGCAAACUUUACCCUGAAGGACUGCAACUGCUGACCAGGGCAGAGGACCAUGAGCAGGUCAAAGCUGUGGCAGAAUGUUACCCAGGCUAUAAGAUCAUUUUUGAUGACCCUGAGCCAGAAUCCGGAUGCAAGACUCUGGAAGACAGAUUCUUUGAACAAGAGGUGAAGCUGAACACACUUGCUUUCCUGCAGCAGUUCCAUUUUGGAGUAUUUUACUCCUAUAUCAAACUGAAGGAGCAGGAGAGUCGUAACAUUGUCUGGAUCGCAGAAUGUGUCACACAGCGACAGAAGUCCAAGAUACACAACUACAUACCUAUCUUCAAAUAAAUUACCUGAGCAUGAUUGGUCUAUUUUGUGGUGUUUUUACACGUCUUGCUCUAGACUAGACAUCUAAAAUCAACAUGUAAGUGUUUAUUUGUGUCUGUACAUGUCUCUGAAAUUCACCAAAAGUUAGAAUUAGAUAAUCCCUUAUUUGCAUAUUUAAUGAAAACAUAAACAAAUUUUAAAAAGGUAAUACAAUGUAGGUUAAUUUAAUCAACUGGUGAAGUUUCAUAGGGAUUUUCUUAAUUAUGUACAUGUUUUACCCUCUUCUCUAUUAGUUCUGCCUUUAAUAAACAGUUGUAAAAUAGCAUACACCAAGGUAAUAAAUGUACUUCAU